AUGGCCGUCACUAGUCCAUUAUUUGACAUUAAUCAAUUAAAUAUAGAGCAGCAGAAAAAAUUUGAUACCGUUUACAAUGAAUUAAAAUCAAAGCAUAUAUCUUAUCUCCAAUAUAAACUUAAUUUACCUCUGAAGAAUAAAUUCGAUAGUGAACAAGAAGAAAAUGAAUGGCGCUAUGAAUUACACAGAUUUCUUCGCGGUAGAAAAUGGAAUGUAACACAUACAAUCAAAUCUCUUCAAGAAAUGAUACAAUGGCGAAUAGACAAUAAAGCUGAUUCGAUUCUUGAACAUGCACCUACAUUAUCUCGAAUGGAUCUCCUUCAAAGAGUUCUUGCGAGUGCUCAACAUGGCUAUACAAAAGCUCAUCGACCACUGUAUAUUAAGAAAAUGGGUCUAAUUCGUGUUAGUAAAAUGUUGAAUAUGUUUACACAAGAGGAACUGCUUCAAUGUCAUAUUUAUUGGCUUGAAUACAAUUGUCAACUAGCAAGAGAGAGUAGUCGACAAGUAGGAAAACAUGUGGAAACAUUUGCUACGAUUUUGGAUUUACGUGGCUGUAAAUGGAACAUAAGAAAAAUACUUCAUCUGUAUAAACAAUGUCUUUACAUCGAUGAAAACUAUUACCCUGAACGUCUAGGACAACUGUUUGUUGUAAAUCCACCAGCGAUCUUUCCUGCUCUUUGGGAUAUAGUGAAACAUUGGUUUGAUCCUGUAACGAAAACAAAAAUUAUUGUCGUUAAAAAAGGUUCCGAAACAUCAACAUUAUUAUUACAACAUAUUGAUUCUGAUCAAUUGCCACAUGAAUAUGGUGGAAGCUGUAAUUCAUGUCCAACUGCUCCGAAUUGUAUUCCUGUAUAUGACUGGGGCAAAGACACUGCUGAUGAUGAACAAGAAGAAUAA